AGGCAGCGAAGGUCAAAAAUGGCUUUAAGUUCACGGCGCCUGGGUCCAGGGCAAUGUGGUCUAUGAGCAGGUGGGGACCUAAUAAACAGUACGGCUUUGUGAACCACAGAUUCACUCUUGUGGCGACGGUGACCAUCCACCAGGUUCCGAAGGGGAGCACUCCUCUGCUGGGUGCGGGUCUCGGGGACGGUGCCGGCAAGAAGAUCAUUGGGCUGUCGUACGGCAUGAAUAAAAAGUGGGAGAAGGUGUUCAACGGCACAAAAACAGCACCGGGGAGCACGUGGGAGCCGGGGAGAGAAUACCAGGUGGCGCUCAUGCUGCAGGACGGCAACAAGGGCUCCGUGUACGUGGAUGGUGUGAUUGUGGGGAGCCCGGAGACGAUACCAACACUUGAGACGCAGGGGUUUGAAAUCCCACAAUUCUACAUUGGGAGCGACGAGGGAGGCAGCGGCAGCGAUGUGACGGUGACGAACGUCUUUCUGUACGACCGCCCACUGAGUUUCGGUGAACUAAAACUGGUCAGGAAAAGCGACGCCAAAAAAGGUAAAGGUGACGGCUCCAUGCGUGGGGGCGUGUCUCGGGUGCUGCUGCUGCUGCUGGGGCUGUGCGGCUUUUCGGCCCUUUACGGGGCGUAA